AUGUCCAAAAAAGAAGCCAAUUAUUAUUAUUCUUAUAGCUCUCCACCUGUCCAAGGCAGCACAACAUCUGCUCCUACAGAACCAUCUGGUAAAAAUUCAGCACAACUGCCUUCUUAUGAUCAAGCUACAGAACAUGCUUCAUCUUCCUCUGAGACUUAUCAUGCAGUUGAUGGCUAUAUAUUGGAUUCUUCAGCUAUGCAAAUGCCUAUGCCCAACACAACCACCAGCGAUUAUGGGCCGUAUAACUCUACGAUAGAAAAUGACGCGCCUUUAUUAGCAGAGCAUGAAGACAACAAUCAGUUUAUGGGCAGACCACCACCACCAAAUUAUUCGAUCCACCAAGCAAAAUAUGAAAUCGUCCGAGACGGUGUCGUCUCUCGUGAUUCACAUAUCAAUCAGGACGGCGAAGCUUUACUUCAAUUUCUAUAUCAGCACAACAAAGCACCUUAUCUCAUUAUUCAUUUUCAUGGAUACCACGAAGAAACUGUUUGGACUAUGGAAACCACGCGCAAUCGGGAUGGAGAAGAAGUAACAGAGCGUGUGCCCACAACACGCCAAAUCGAUGACUUUAAAUUUGAUAUUGACUGCAGUGCUGAAGUAUCGCCUGUGUGUCACGGAAUUUAUGUGCUGCCUGAUGCCAAGACAGGUGAGCAGAAAGCGGUUCGACAAUUGUGUGAAGACUAUGUUCGUUCACAAAAUGCAUUAAAAGAACUCAAGCUGACCAAGGAAAUCCACUGGGACUUUAAUAACCUGACGCGUGCUCUUACAGCAGCUAUCCGUGAUAGUGGUUAUUUUGAGCACAUCAAUAUCACUUACACAUUAGAAAACAAUGAAAUUGUAGUCAAGACAGAUGAAAAGAUUUCUCAACUGAUGGAUAACAAAUACAUUCGAUUCUUUUUCUUUAUAACCUGUUUAUGGAUCAUUGCCUGGCCUUUGGUUUAUUAUCUCAAGGACAAGUUUGGUCAUUCAACACUCAAGAGUGCUUGGAAAAUGAGUCUAUCUGAAAGUGAAUGGUAUGAACGUCAUGCCCAAGAAAUUGUACAGCAAUGUCGAGGUCAGAAUUGCUUUUCAUCAAGAACGAUACAUCCAACUGGAUUCCCUGUCAAUACUCGAUUGUAA